AUGAAACGAUACCUGUCUGCUCUCUCGCUCGUGUCCGCAUUGAUUCCUACGGUUGUUGGCGGCUUUUUCUGGCCCGAUGUGACCAACGUUUUCUCAUUUGGGGACUCUUAUACGGACACGUACGCGCGACUCACAGAUGGAAAGCUAUCGCCGCCUCAGGACUCGAAAACCACCGCCGGCGGCCCGAUGUGGAUAGAGUAUCUAACGAGCACGUAUAACGUGAGCCAUGUGAAUCUGUUCAACUUCGCCAGCAUCUCAAUCAUCUUUAUCAUCAGUUACGGCGGUGCGGUGACGGACCAGAACAUUAUAGCGCAGUCUUCGUCGGCAACGCAGUCGUUCCGGGACCAGGUCAACAACUUUCUCGAGUACUACGCCAACAACUCGUCUCUGGCUCAAUGGAACAAGAAUAACACUCUCUUCACGAUAUUCUUCGGCAUCAAUGACAUCGGGAAGUCGUUCUACUGGACAAAUGAGACUGUUCACCGCACAAAUGCCCGCGUUCUCGCAUCUUAUUUCGAAGGUCUUUCUUUACUUCGAGAUGCGGGGGCAGCUAGCUUCCUUCUUCUUGAAGUGCCGAACGUGGGCAGAACCCCUGACCUCUUGAAACAAGGCAACAAUGCGACAUUGCAGGCACGAGCUGCUGACGACUAUAACAAGCAGCUUGCAUCCCAUGUGUCGGAAUUCCGACAGAACUCUACGCGUGCGGGUGUAGACGUCAAUAUCAACAUCCACAGUACCAAUGCUUUCUUCGACUUCAUCUUGGACAACUCUGGAAUUCUCGGCUUCGAAAACGUCACUGGAUUGUCAAACGAGGCACAGUACUCGACUGCAACAUACUUCUGGUGGAACAACUUCCAUCCAACUUGGGGCGUUCAUGAGGUUGCUGCUACCACCUUACAUGGACUCUUGACUUCCGUGGUUCUCCUUGGGCAUAACUACCGCGAGCUUACUGUCGCGCAGCAGUGA